ACGAGCUCCACCACGAUUUCUCGCCGCAGCGCGAGACGAGGGGAUCGCCGGUAUUCGUGACGCUGCCGGUGAAUACAGUGGGCCCUGAGGGGAAGAUAUCGAGGCCGAGGGCCAUGAUGUUCUCGCUGAAGGCGCUCGCCGCCGCGGGCGUGGAGGGCGUUGUGGUUGAGUUUUGGUGGGGAAUUAUUGAGAGGAAAGAACCUAGGGUUUACGAUUGGCGAGGCUAUCGUGAGCUCGUGAUGAUGGCUUGCAUGUGUGGCCUCAAGGUUCGUGCUGUUCUUGCUUUCCAUCAGUACGGCACAGGCCCUGAUGAUCCUAAUCAACGAGCAAUGCAAUGCUGCUCCAGAGAUAUACUCUUUCUUUGCGAAAUGAUUUAUCCUCCUAACAAGAUACCGCUUCCUCUAUGGGUGCUUGAUGAGAUAAACAAAGAUCCAGAGUUAGCAUAUUCUGACCGGUUUGGAAGAAGAAAUAUUGAAUACAUUUCCCUAGGAUGUGAUACUCUUCCUGUGCUGCGUGGACGCACUCCUAUUCAAGCAUAUGCAGAUUUUAUGAGAGACUUCAGGGAGACUUUCAGGCCUUCUCUUGGCCUUACCAUUACAAGGGUACAGAUUGGCAUGGGUCCUGGUGGUGAACUAAGAUAUCCGUCAUUCUCUUUCCAGAAGCCAAAUGUGGCUUCAUCUGGUGGACUUGGAGAGUUCCAAUGCUAUGAUAAGUACAUGCUAGCUUCUCUAAAUGCCUGUGCGAGAAAAAUUGGAAAGCGUGAAUGGGGAGAUGGUGGUCCAUUUGGUGCGGGAAGUUUGACGCAAAAUCCUGAGCAUACUGAUUUCUUUAAAAAUGAGGGUGGCUCUUGGAACACACCAUAUGGUAAAUUUUUCCUUGAAUGGUACUCAAAUAUGCUGCUGCUGCAUGGAGAGAGAAUUUGUAGGGAAGCUGAAACUAUAUUUAGGGGUACAGAAGUCCUUAUAUCUGCAGAAGUAGCUGCCAUUCACUGGCACUACGCCAUUCAAUCCCAUCCAUCGGAGUUAACCGCAGGCUAUUAUAAUACUUUCGACAGGGAUGGAUAUUUGCCCAUUGCUCGCCUGUUUAGUAAGUAUGGGUUUGCAAUUUGCUGCUCUUGUUUUGAAAUGCAAGAUGCCACAAUGCAAAAGAUAAACCCUAGUGGUAGCCCUGAAGGAUUUCUUAAACAGCUUUUGCUGGCUGCUAGGCUUUGUGACAUAUCACUUGAAGGUCAAAAUUUUACAACUGAUUUAGAUGAUGAUGCAUUCUCCCAAGUGCUGAAGAUGUCAAAGUUUUACUCGGAUGGGAUUGAAAAGCGGCCCUUUGCAUUCAACUUUGUAAGAAUGAACAAAAGAAUGUUUGAAACCCAGAAUUGGGAUCGGUUUGCACGAUUUGUGAGGCAGAUGUCUAAUGGAAAGAUUUUUCAAGCCAGACUAAGAGCCCAUUUGGGAAGUAGCAGAAGCUACUCUUUUUGACUUUUGAAUUGUGAAAAGUCACAAUACGCGUGUUUGGUACCAUUUUAAAAAAAAAAAUUUAACUUUUUGAAAAGUUAAUUCCCAACUUUUUGAAGAAGUAGAAAUAUAUGACUUCGAUAAGUUA